AUGAAGACUGCUGGCGUCUAUCUACAGUUACUGGCUGCUGCUUCUUUUGCUGGACAGUCUGUGUUCGCCGAGACCAUUAGCGAGAUCAAUGGCAACAAGUAUCUCUCGCCAUACAAUGGAAAGAACGUUACGAAUGUCGAUGGCCUAGUCACGGCCAAAGGGCCAAACGGCAUCUGGGUUCGGUCUACUAACCCCGACGAGGACGAUAGAACCUCCGAAUCUGUCUAUGUGUUUGACCGCAAUUUUGGCAAAACUCUGUCUGUAGGAGACGUCAUCCAGUUCAAAGGAACUGUCUCGGAAUACAGAUCAAGCAAAGCAUACGUUUACUUGACUGAGAUCAUCAAUCCCAAACUGGUGAAGAAGGUCUCCUCUGGAAGUGCUGCAACCCCGCUGGUUAUCGGCAAGGAUACUAUCAGUCCUCCUAACAAGGCCUUCUCCGCAUUGGAUAAUGGAGAUGCAUUUGGCGUGCCGAACAACGUCAGCUUGAUCUCUGUGGCCAACCCUACCUUGAUCNNCCCCCGCAACUAUGGCAUGGACUUCUGGGAAAGUCUCAGCGGAGAGCUUGUCACUGUUAAAGGCGCUCAUGCUUUGACCAAGCCAAACAAUUACGGCGACACCUGGGUAGUUGGAGACUGGAAAGUCACCGGUUUGAAUGGUCGUGGUGGUCUGACUACGGUUAACAAAGGUAUGUACGAUUGGCAAGGAUGGAAUCGAGUCACUGACAAGAGUAUGCANGAUGCCAACCCCGAGGCUAUCAUCAUUGGCUCACCACUCGAUGGGUCGAAGAAUCCUGUUGUCACCAGAGUUGGAGACAUUCUCGGCGAUAUUACUGGGGUUGUUACAUACACAUUUGGAUACUACACUAUUCUCNNCCCCCUGACCGCCUUGGACAUCAUUAAGGGCGUGGAGCCUGCACUUCCGCCACCUACCAAACUUAUGUCUGAUGGUGAUUGCGGUGGUAUCACUGUUGGAUCGUACAACGUGGAGAACUUGUGGGCUGGAUCUGACCAUCUGGUCAAUAUCUCCGACCACAUCGUCAAUUACCUUCGCAGUCCAAACCUUGUUUUCGUUCAAGAAAUCCAAGACGAUAACGGCGAAACUAAUGACGCUGUUGUGAGCGCCAACUUGACUCUCAGUACUCUGACUUCUGCAAUCAGCAGCAUGGGCGGACCUGAGUACGAAUUUGCCGAGAUCGACCCUGUUGAUGACAAGAACGGUGGUGCACCUGGUGGCAACAUCCGUACCGCUUAUCUCUACAACCCAGAGAUCCUGCAACUGCGCAAGCCUAACCUUGGCUCAAGCACUGAAGCCAAUGUGGUCUUGCCUGGUCCUGAGCUCAAGUACAAUCCCGGCCUUAUCGAUCCCCAAAACGCAGCUUGGACUGCUAGUCGCAAACCAUUAGUCGCUGCUUUCGAGACUCUCGAUGGCAAGAACUCGUUCUUCACCAUCAACGUUCACUUUGGAAGCAAGGGAGGCUCCUCGUCUAUUGAAGGAGAUGCUCGUCCCCCUGUCAACGGUGGUGUUGAGGAUCGUCAAGAGCAGAUGCAGUUGACUGCUGUAAGUUACCCAAGAAAAUCACCAAAGACCACCACUAAAUUCGAACAGGACUUUGUUGCUAAGAUUCUGGCUGAGGACAAGAAAGCAAAAAUUAUCGUCGCUGGUGACUUCAAUGAGUUCGCCUUUGUCCAACCUCUCGAGAACUUCAGAGAGGUCUCCAACCUUCGUGAUCUUGAUGAGGCUGCCAACGUCUCCGAGCUCGAGAGAUACACUUAUCUCUUCGACAUGAACAGUCAAGAGCUUGAUCACAUGUACAUUAGCCAGGCUCUCAAGCCAAAGGCACAGUACGAACAUGUUCACAUUAACACCUGGGUGACCAAGGCCCAGCAGAUCUCUGAUCACGAUCCUUCGGUUGCUAAGUUCAAUAUCUGCAAUUAG